CGCAUAUGGCGUGAUUUCUAACAUCAAAUUUUGUCAGCUGAUACAAUUUUUUUUGUAAAUAAGUUUUAUUUUUCUCUAAUUUUCCUGCAUUUUUCGUACAUUUUUUUAAUUAACUGCAAAAUGCCACUAAAUAUGGAAGGUCGACUGCGGGAGUUGGCAGUGAAAUUGCACGAAAUAGAUGCAGUAAAAUUUGGUGAAUUUAAAAUGAAAUCCGGGCUCAUGUCUCCGGUUUAUUUUGAUUUGCGUGUCAUCGUCAGCUAUCCGGGAGUCCUCAGCUCUGUGGCAAAUCUCCUGAUUGAGGUAAUCGAAGCUGAACGCAUUGAGGCAAAGUAUGUCUGUGGCGUUCCCUAUACGGCUCUCCCAAUUGCUACGCUCGUCUCCGUAGAGUCCAGUCUACCGAUGCUGAUGCGGCGAAAGGAGAAGAAGGACUACGGGACGAAGAAACUCAUUGAGGGACACUUUAAGCGCGAAGAGAAUUGCCUUAUUGUUGAGGAUAUCAUCACUUCGGGUGGAAGUGUCUUGGAAACAGCCACGGAUUUGCGAAAUGAUGGCCUUGUGGUGACAACAGCCCUUGUGAUCAUUGACAGGGAACAAGGAGGUAAGAGAAGACUUUCCGAUAGGGGCAUUGAGAGCUUCUCACUGUACACAAUGACGUCCUUUUUGGACAUUCUCCUUGGGGCGGGAAAGAUAAGUGCGGAAACUGUUAAUUCCGUCCGGAAGUAUGUUGAGGAGAAUACAAUUCCCGCAAAUGGGGACAUUGCCGUGCAGCCUGUUGAUCGAAUUCGCAUGUCUUAUGGGGAGAGAGCCACAGUGGCAAAGAAUCCCGUGGCUAGAGAGUUGUUUCAGCUGAUGGAAGCAAAGAGUUCGAAUUUAUGCCUUGCAGCAGACAUGACCAAUGCCACGGAUAUUCUCAAUUUAGCCACAGAGGUGGGUCCAUACAUUUGCAUCCUGAAACUCCACGUAGACAUCAUCAGGGAUUUUUCGCGGGAGUUUAUUGCUUCCCUGCAGCAGCUGGCGGCGAAGAAUCGUUUCCUCCUGAUGGAAGAUCGAAAAUUCUGCGAUAUUGGCAACACUGUGGUGCACCAGUAUCGCGAUGGAGUGUACGAAGUAUCCACCUGGGCGGAUUUGGUCACUGUGCACAUUCUUCCGGGACCGGGAAUCCUUCAGGGUGUGCGAAAGGUCAUGGAGAGUACGGGAGAGAAACGUGGGAUGUUUGUUGUGGCUGAGCUAAGUUCAGCUGGAACACUGACAACCCCCUCCUAUGCUCAGGAAGCCAUCAAACUCACCGAAGGAUUUGAGGAUACCGUAGCGGGAUUUGUCUGUCAAGAUGGGAAGCUACUGAAGGAACAUCCAGGAGCUAUUCAUCUCAUUCCUGGCGUAAAGAUUGAAAGCUCCGGAGAUUCUCUGGGGCAGCAGUACAAUACACCAGCUACGGCAAUUGGCGUCAGUGGGGGUGACAUUGCUGUGGUCGGGAGGGGAAUCUACGAGGCCAAGGAUGCCGCAGCUGCGGCUAAAACCUACAAAAAUACCCUAUGGGAUGCCUACACCAAAAGGAUUAUCCAAUGAAACCCCAAUCAUUCCUGAAUUUUCAUUCCAAGCUGGGAAUUUUCUUCCAGACUAAAAUUAACUAAUAAUGUGUCCUCUUCCAGAUCGAAUAAACGCCCACACACAGGAGGUGUGAAAGAUCAA